UCUGUGAAGACCUGGACAGGUUCACCUGGCUCCUCACUAACAGCUCAGCUCUAGCAGAUUGAAGCAGGAUUCAAUCUAUGAGGAAAGAGACAAACAGUAAGUAACUAUUAAGGACUGGAAUAACAUAAGGGAAAAUGGACAAUGUGACACUGUACUGCUCGAUUAUUGAAGCAAUGAGACAAGUUAAACUUUCAGCUGCAAAUUCCUCUGAUUCUGCUAUCGACUAUCUUUCAGUCUGCAUCCAUGGAAUUGCCUCUUUCUUUGGGGUAUUGGAAAAUGGCCUCAUUAUCUGGAUUGUUGGCUUUCGAAUGAGGAAAAGUGUAAUUACCACCUGGAUUUUGAAUCUGGCUGUCUCUGACUUCAUGACAACACUUUCCCUUCCCUUUUUUACCUAUUUCAUGGCAACUGGACAGACUUGGAAACUGGGGACUUUCUUCUGUAGAGUCCAUUCCUCCAUCUUCUUUCUCAACAUGUUUGUCAGCAGCUUUCUGCUCUGUGCUAUCAGCAUCGACAGAUGUGUUUUGAUUGUCUAUCCAGUGUGGUCUCAGAACAAUCGGAAUGAACAGCAGGCUUCUCGCAUUUGUGCUGGUUUGUGGGUGCUUGCCAUCAUUAAUACCUUACCUUAUUUUCUCUUUCGAGAUACCAUUCCUCGUUAUGAUGGCCGAAUCAUGUGUUACUACAAUUUCAUGUUAUACAGUUCCCCAGGUAACAAAAGCUUUGAGCUAUGUGGAAUGAGGCAGUACUCAAUGGCCAUCAGCAAGUUUAUCAUUGCAUUUGUCAUGCCAGUCUUUAUUAUUGCUGUCUGCUACACAGCAGUGACAAAAAAAAUCCGUACACGCAAUCGAAAAACACCUGGCCGAUUCUUCAAGCUUGUUGUUGCUAUCAUUAUCACUUUUGUCCUUUGCUGGUUCCCAUACCAUAUUUUUAGCAUCAUGGAGGCCCAUGCACACUACAAGAUGUCCCUGGGACCACUUGUUGGCAAAGCACUGCCAUUUGUUAGCAGCUUGGCCUUCAUCAACAGCAUCAUCAAUCCCUGCCUAUAUGUCUUCUCGUGCCCAGACUUCAUAGCAAAAUUCAGAACAUCAAUAAGAGUUGUUCUGGAACAUGUUCUUGUUGAGGAUACAGAACUUGCAACCAGACGCAGUACAGCUAAAUCAUCUCUGAGCAGUGACAACCCCAUGCGAGGCUACAAGUUUGCAAAUUGCAAGGACAUUCUCAUGAGUGAGCCAUCGGCCAGUAAUUAGAGCUCAGGAUACUCAUAUAAUCUGUGACUUCUAACAGCAUGUACUGCCAUCCAAAAUGUUUUGUACUGGAUACCUACAUACCAUUUGCAGAGUCAUGCGGAUGCCAAUGGAAUUUGAUUUGUACCUAGUUUUCCAUCUGUUUGUUUUUAUUGUUCCCUUAUUGUUUAUUUUUUGUUUUCAACCUUCUUCUCAUCUCAUUCCAUUAGCCUCAGAUGGAGUCCAGUACUGCUGGACAAAGUAGGGCAUUCUCAGGACUACCACGAUUCAUCAAUUCCCAUGGCACAGUUCCUUUUUUAAGGAAUAAUUAAUAUAAAAGUUGUAGGAUGUGAAAGUAUCACACCAUGCCUUACAUGCUGUAUGGAUGAGGCAUGCUGAUAUGCACCUGUGGGCACUUCAUGCCAGACAUUCAAUGACCACCAAGUCAUGGUGCCAUCUGCUUUGUCGUCUCUUUUAUAAUUCCAGAGAGAAAGGCAGCAGUGUCACCUCAUUAUUACUAUUGAAAUAUAUUUCAGUACCAGUGUAACAAGUCAACUUAAAAAAGUAAAACAACAUAUUUUGAAUAUUUUACAGUGUAUUUUGUAAACUACUAUUAAUUAUAACCAGACAUAUCUCUGAGUAUGAUAUUGUAAAUGUGAUUGCGAAAUAAAGCACCAAACCAAAUAUA